AUGGUCACAGAGGACGCUAGAAGACGCAAAGUCUCCCUUGCUAUGGGGUGGAUAGAUUACAAGAAGGCGUUCGAUAGCGUACCUCAUAGUUGGAUCAUAGCAGUCCUGAAGAUCUAUAAAGUGAACCCGACCAUCGUAAAGUUCAUUGAGACUGCUAUGAUAGGAUGGAAAACGGAAAUGAAACUCUAUCACGCAAACGGAUGCUUCAGUACUGGUCAGAUUUCCAUCAAGAGAGGUAUAUUCCAGGCGGAUGGUCAGACAAUCAACCAUCUCUUAUACAUGGAUGACCUUAAAUUAUACGCAAGGGAUAAGAAACAGCUAGACCAGGAGAUCGGAAUAGUCAAAAAUUUCAGCGAUGAUAUAUCGAUGGAGUUCGGACUGGACAAAUGCUCUAGAGUCCUAAUAAAAAAGGCUCUCGGUACACUCAAGAUCGGAUUCGAGAAGUACCUGGAAGAGCUACCGUCUAGAGUUAACGCCGAGCAGGUGCAGAAGAUCGCAUUGCUGGGAACAGCUCACAUCCUACGAAAAGUCCUAUCUAUCGGACAAUAA